CGUAAAAUAACUAUGUAUACAAAAAAAAAAAAAAAAAAAUUAGGUUCCAGCGUUUUAUGUUUAUUUUUAGAGAAAUUCGGCUAUGAUGGUCGCGCCUGCUCGCAGACCGUCGUCCGGGUCCGCUAGACGGCGCCCGACCCCUUUCAGCCACCCCCGUGCUGCGCGAUCUCGAUCAAUCCCCGUUCCCCGGUUGCCGUAUCAGCCUAGCUCAGUAGCACGUUAACCACUACUGCAGUCGAUUACCCGCGUGACGCUUACGCCGUCGUGAUCGUGGAUGUUUGUCGUCACUGUCGUACCGGAGCUGCGGUAGAAUAAGCGGUUCCGUAAUGUAUAUUAACAAGAUGGAAUCAACUGAAAAAAGAAAAUGUAAUUUAGAUUAUAUGUUUAGAUAAAAUUAUGAAAAAAAAAGGUAAUUAAAUUACCAGGCGUGCUCAAUACCCUCUGUGAAUACUAAAUACUGUGGACUCAUUUUUACUCGGGAAACCUCUCGAGUGACUUCAUAAAGUCAUUAUUAGUGCAAUAAAAAUAAUAUUAGUAUGUCCUUGAACGAUUGGUUGUCGGAAGUCGUAAAAGAAUCUUCAUUCUCCGCGACAUCGAGAAUUUGUUGAUUGGUGACUGUCUUCGUUACUGUUCUGGAGCGACCGGAACCAUUAGUUAAGAUGAGCUGAUGGAUGACGAGCCGGUCGUCACUGAUGAGGAGAAAAAAGAAGCGGAGAGAAAGAAAUUGGUAGCUUUGCGUCAGAAGUUAUUGUUCUACUUGACAGCGUUUUUCAUUUUGUUGGCCGUAUUCAGUUUAUUUACUUUCUUAUUUUUGGUGCCGUUCCUCAUCGAGCCGGCCGUUUCUACUUUACUUAUGGACUUUGAUGAAAUGCCGGCUGCGUGCGUGACCACUAAUUCGACAAUGCGAGAAGGUGCGUCAAAUUGUUCCCUCCCCAGUGGUUGGGCAUCUUGUCGUGAGGGAUGCACUAAAGAAAUAUAUCAAUGCGCUCAGAUAUUUGUUGACUAUUCGGUCAGGGGCGAACGAGCCAAGGCCAUGCGUGCCAAGCAGCACCGGCGUUCAAUAGUAAAAUAUCAGUCAAUCGAACCCGAGCCUAUUAUUUGGACCUACUCCAAUGCUCGAAUAUUUCCUAACGUCAAAGGCUGUGGGUACCCACCAUCUCUAAACUGUACCGAGUUCCACGAUCGGUAUUUUAAAGUUGGUUCGAAAUACCCAUGUUACUAUAGUCGGGAAGAUCCGUCUGUUGUUAUCACCGAACUGAACCUCGCCAAAAGCGUCAAUCAGCUCAUAUACUCCGUCGUAUUUCCUAUCCCGUGCUUUGUCAUAUCCGUUGUGUAUGUGGCUCUCGCUUACUUCUGCCUGUAUGCUGACCAAAACCAAAAUCCAAGACCGAAGCGACGGAUGGUCCGACGAAUGGUCGGAAGUUCCGGUGCUGCUGGCGGUAGUACUGGUGAUGGUGGUACUGGUUCAGCUUCUCGGCUCAAAAGCGGCUCUGAGGGUACCCCGUUGACGGUUGACAACGGUGGAGAGCCGGUGACGAGCAACAGAUCUUCUUCGCCGGGUAGUAACUCUUAUCGAGACGAUAAUGCGUCAAUAUUUGGUGAUAAGAUACGUUCUAUGAUGGACGUAGAUGACUUGUCCGGCGAUUGUAUUAGGCCGCUGAAUCUGUCCGAACACACACUCAGACAAUCAGACUACUCGAACGAGCCGUCCAGAGACUGGUCUGAGGAUGCUAUCAGUAUGUGUGGUAGUCUCGAACAGUCAACUGCCAAAGCUCCGUUAGUUAAUUCUACUGGAAACUUAAUCAAGACGAUGACGACUUCUAUCUUGACGCCUCGUGGGCCGAUGGCGGAAGUUUGAAAAGAAGUCUUCACCAAAUGGGAAACAUUUCCUGGAAGCCCAAAUAAUCCAAAGGGUUAUUUUGUUCUUUAUUUAUUGUAAAAUUACUUUUCAAUACACUCUAAAAUAUUACACUUGAGUUAUUAGUUUUUAA